AUGAGUGUGCUCAUGGGCGAACCCGCCAUUAAUGGUAUGUUGGAGUCUCUAAGAAGAUGCCAGCAACAGGCUGCUAUCAACAAGUUCCUACAAGGGGAACUUGCCGUCGAACGACAGAAGAUAGACUUGCUACAACAGCAAGGCUUUCAUCAGUCGAUGGGCUGGCUGAUGCACAUGCGUCGACCCGAAACCUUGAAGAUUGAUACCUCAAGGUACAAGCUAACUGACGAAGAUUCCCUUUUGAGAUGGUUCUUCGAGUUAGACGAUGCCAUCAGGGCCCGUCACAUCGAGGUUGACGAGAUGCAAGUCACCUUCAUCCUGUAUAUUUUGACGAAACGAGCAAAGCCUUGGGCCUCAGGGCUCAACCUUCACGACCAAAACGUGUUUGAGUCGUUUGAGAUCUUGAAGUCUCUGCCUAAAGAGACGUUUGAGCCGCCGAGAGCCGAGUUCAAAGCAUGCUAUGCACUCUUGAGGCUCAAGCAUGGUAGACGGGACGUGCACGCUUGCGCACAACACCUACGAUACCUUGCGAGUAGCGUCACGGAAAACCCUUUUGAUGAGCACACGCUUGUCAACGUGUUCAUCUACGGCCUUGUGGAUGGGCCGGUGAAGACCUACAUGUUGCAAGAGGACUUCCAUACGCUGGAACAGGCGAUAGCGUACGCGGAACAAGAAGACUUCAGCCUGAGACAGUCUCAGGCUAACUCGUCAAACUAUUGUCCGACGCGACGACAGAAAACAGGAGGUCCCUAUCCAACGGACCUCUGUUGUAUCGAGAGCGAGAACACUCGCCCUCUGAGUCACAAGCGAACGGCAAGAUGCCUGUUGUUUGUUCAAUAG